CAACAGUAACGAUGUUGGAAGGUAACUCUGGCAGUGGGGCGGCAGUCGGAUCUGAAGUUAACGGAAAGCUACUGUGGCCCAUGGCGCUCACAGCCGUAAAGACUUAAGUCGUUGACCGAAAGCGGCUUUUUCACUUACUUGGGCUUUUUCACUUACUUGGGCUUUUUUUUUUUUUUUUUUAGCCUUUAUCGAUAUGAAAGGUUGAAUGUGCUCUAGGUUUGAGCACUCCUUUCUCGGCUUGCUCUUCUGGAGCAGUAUAUAGGCACACCUAGAGGGGCACGUCAGUCUUUGCGAUCACCAGAUCUGGUUCAGAGAAAUAGGCACUGGCAAUUUACACGUGCCUUGCUAGGUAAUCUCACUAUAUUUGCUCAGGCAAAGUGGGAGAAUCAGCCUUAGAUUUUCGUUCUAGAGAUGCCGGCUUUCCCACCUGAUCGGCUUAGAUUUCGCGAUGGACUGUUCUGGGCUUCAUUUUACCCUCUGCAUAACAAGCGGGUGGACUAGAUGCCUUAGUAAGGGUCCAUGUUAUAUGGUAUCUUCAGCCACGCACUCAGCUCAAUCUUAGCACAGGUAAAAAAAUGAGUUUCUAGCAAGCUAUCUGCCCAGUGCCUGAAAAGUAGCAUUUCUUGUGUUCAGUAAAAAGGCUCCUAAUUUAAUCAAGGACCUAUGAGAUAACUGUCUUUCAGUUGUGGCAUUGCAAGGAUACAAAUGCAGAGACAUUUUAAUGUGAUCCUUCUAUAAGAGUGAACCAAUGAUAUGAUCUGAAAGCAACUUCACAACUAAUUCAGGCUUAUGAUUUUACUGUGUAUGUAUUUGGAAGAAGAAAUUCUGUCAGCUCCCAAAGGAUAGACCAGCAGUUGCUUUAUUGGUUUUCAGAUGUGGCUGCUCUCAUCAGCAUCAAACACUUGAGACUGAACUAAGCUUAAAACACGGUACUUAGCAAUCAGGUUGCCCGCAAAGCACUGGAUGCAAGACUUGCCUUCCAGGAGCUUACCAAUCAGGUUGCCAGCAAAGCGGUGGAUGCAAGACUUGCCCUCCAGGAGCUUACCAUCAGAACGGAGAAGACAAACAAAUGCAUAAUAUAUAGACGACAUAAUUCCAUACCUGUACACGUUUAAGAAUAAACAGUCCAAUAGUAAGAGGCAGUACAUAUUCAAUUGCUGAGAAAUGUAGACAAUAACUACUGUAGGAAUCCUAAUGCUACAGAAGUCACUGGCUGCUGGGAAACCAAGGAAAACCUGGCUAUGGACGUUGGGGCUUGUGUCCGACUCUGAAUAAAGGGCAGAAUGAUUGGCAUCCUACUGAGAUACAUAGUAAAGGGGGUGCGGGCAGGGAGGAAGUGGCAAGAAUAACAUUUGUGAAGAUGUCCAGGAUUAUUUUAAGGAUCAAAUGAAAAGUUAUACGUGAAAGAAGAAUGAGGCCAUGAAGUGAUACCGAAACCAAAGCUUAUGCUGGUCUCGCAAACAAAUACGAAGACUGACAGAUUCCUGAGUGCAGGCCUUCACAGUGCCAGGACCACAAGAUGUAAUGAAUUCUAUUCCUGACUGGAUAUAAAAAAAAUGCCACAAAAUUUUCCUUUGAGAUUCAGCCGGGGAGACCUCCUGGAGUUUAGAGGUGCCCAGACUGAUCUCUGCAGUGACUGCUUUUAACCUGUCAACUGUGAGGAAACAAACAGAAAACCAAAGCCCUGGCUUCUUUGAGGUGGAAAUAAAUGACCGAGAAGGUGUUACCUAAGACCUCUACGGCCAUUUGUAUCUGGCCCUGUGUAGAGUGGGCUCUGCAAGACCCUGCCUCACUUUCCCACUAAGAGGCCUUGGACUUCCCAGCUCCCAGAGACUAUAGAGAUCGCCUCUGAGGCCUCCUGUCACGAUUUCCUAAGGUGAGGAACUUCAUUUGCCCAACGGAGGCCCACGUUCUGCCUGUUUGAUCUACCGGCUUCCCAAGGAUCUGAACUCGGGGACCAGCGUCUGCCCACAUGUCCGACGAAAACAAUGUAAAGGAACUACUGAGUCUGGACAGAAAAUCCCGACAUACCAUGCAGCUUCUAAGAGGACCGAGUGCCCUCACUGGAAUAGAGUGAGUCUCCUUCUGUGGACAUGGACAGGGAACAGCUCGAUGAAGCCCAGAUAAACAAAAUUCCGCCCACACCCCGUGCCCCCGGGAAUUUUGGCUUAGGGGCAGGAUGUGGGGGUUAACACUGUGCUGGUGGAGGUGGCGCGGGCCCAACCGGCAGCCCCAGCGCAGUUCUCCCCACGUUUGCCCGGAGAACCCCGGCGAGGCCCAGGUGGUCAUUUCCCUCCCUAGCCGGAGGGCCGCGCCGGGUGAGACCGGUUUGGGCGCGAAGCACGGGCGUGUGGCCCUCCACUUCCGUAAAGGCCAGGCGCUCUCAGGACCGCGAGCCCUGAGCGUCCGCCUGGUGACCCCUGGCCUCGGGACCGAAGCCCCGUCCCUCCUGCCCCGCCUCCCCCCGCCACGCAGGGCCCCGGUCACGCGCGGGAAGAGCCGGACCGCCAAAGCCCCCAAGCCGGCGCCCAGGAAAGCGGCCGCAGCCCGGCCAGUCCGAAUAGGCCAACUGGCCGAAGUCGGCAGAGCUCAAGAUGGCACCGCAGCAGGGGACCUGACUUGUCAACCGACCCGGUGUUUUGUUGGGGGCGUGACCGGAAGUGCCUUCCCCGCUCUACUGCCCGAGGAGGACGGAGGGCAAGCGGUACAGCUUCUUCCAGGUGCUGAUGUGGGUGGCUCUGAAAAGAGCCUUUUGGAUACGAUGGAACCUCCGACCGAACGCGCACUUCUUAAGCCCGCUCACCACGGAUGCGGCGGGCCAGCUGGAUGUCCUUGGGCAUAAUGGUCACGCGCUUGGCGUGGAUGGCGCACAGGUUCGUGUCUUCGAACAGCCCCACCAGGUAGGCCUCGCU